AUGUCGGUCGCCGUGCAGACUCUCGUUCAACCUGAUAUCGAAUAUCAUCCAGACUACGAAAAGUAUACCGCACGGGCGGCGCGUAGAAAGGCCACCGAGCAGCUUCCCACGACGCUACCAGAUGGAUUCCCGCAGAAAUUAGAGUCGCCCUUGGUGUGGGAGGGAAAGGACGUCGAGAAGCGAGAUGACUGGAUCUACAAGUUGAACGAUGCGCAGAGGGAGGAGAUUGAUGCUGCGCUGAAGACCUUCCAGGCCCAGAACUUGAGCUUGGGCAAUAUUAACCAGGACACCUUCCCCUUGCCCAACCUCCGACCCACCCUGCGAUCGCUGUCGAAUGAAAUCCAUAACGGCCGCGGAUUCUUCGUCCUCCGCGGACUCGACAUCGAUCGCUACACUCGGGAAGAGAAUAUCAUCAUCUAUGCAGGUGUCUCAUCGCACAUCGGCAAUAUCCGCGGCCGUCAGCAGGACAGACGGUUUACGCCGGACGGUGGCUCGGUGGUCCUGUCGCAUAUCAAGGAUUUGACGCGCACGAGUGUGGCGAAUUCGAUCGGCGCGCCGUCCAACACCGCGGAUAAACAAGUGUUCCACACGGAUUCCGGCGAUAUCAUUUCCCUGCUUUGUCUCCAUCCCGCCGCCGAGGGGGGCGAAAGCCAGAUUUCCAGCAGUUGGUUGGUGUAUAACAUCCUGGCCAAGGAGAGGCCGGAUUUGAUCCGUACGUUGUCGGAGCCAUGGCCGCUCGAUGGAUUUAAUGACCCUGUAAAGCCCUAUACCACGCGUCCCCUUCUCUACCACCAAAAGGCAACCGAUACCACCCCUGAGCGCGUUCUGAUCCAAUACGCUCGUCGUUAUUUCACCGGAUUCCUCGCGCAGCCGCGGUCGACCGACAUUCCCCCAAUUUCCGAGGCACAGGCCGAGGCGCUGGAUGCGAUUCACUUCAUAGCCGAGGAGCACAGCGCCGCGCUGGAUUUCCAAAAGGGCGACGUCCAGUACAUUAACAACCUGAGCAUUUUCCAUGCGCGGAAGGGGUUCCGGGAUGAGCCUGACAAGGAACGCCAUCUUUUGCGACUUUGGCUGCGCGAUCCCGAGAAUGCGUGGGCGACACCAGAGCCUCUGCGUGAACGCUGGGAGAACGUAUAUGGGAACGUGACGGUGGAGGAGCAGAUUUUCCCCUUGGAGCCGAAAUUGCGAAAGACCGUGGGCAGCGGUGUGGUAUACAACCUGAGUAUCACCAUCUUUUGUAUAGGGUUUGCCUUGGCACCCAUGGUUUUGGCUCCGUUUUCGGAGCUCAAUGGGAGACGGCCAAUUUUCGUUAUCAGUGGUGUCGUUUUCACAGCAUGUAUUAUCGCUUGUGGUGGAACGCAUUUGUUUGCUGGACUGCUCGUAGCGAGAUUCUUCCAAGGUGUUGGUGCUUCAACGUUUUCAACCAUGGUUGGUGGUGUCAUCAGUGAUAUCUACCAUGCGGAGGAUCGCAACACUCCCAUGGCUCUCUUCUCGGGCGCCGCACUAUUCGGUACCGGUCUCGCGCCACUGUUGUCGAGUGUGAUCGUCUAUCACACCACAUGGCGUUGGAUCUACUACUCGCAUGCCAUCGUGUCGGCUGUCUUUGUUGUCAUCAUCUUCUUUUUCUUCAAAGAAACCCGUGGCAGCGUCAUUCUCAGUCGCAAAGCACACGCACUGAACAAAUAUUAUGAAGCACUUGAAGAUGCAGGCCAUUUCGGCGUAAUCAUGCCGAACGAGUCAGGAGAGAAACAGUGCGUGAAACGGAUUCGUUGGAAGGUCAAGAGCGAUGAGCAACGAGCCUCCCUCGGACAAAUGAUCAGCAUCUCCCUCUAUCGACCCUUUCAUAUGCUUUUCACUGAACCGGUCGUUUUCUUCUUCUCCCUUUGGGCGGCCUUCAGCUGGGCCGUGCUGUAUCUCCAGUUCGGCUCCGUACCGUUGGUUUUCCAGACGAACCAUGGUUUCAACGUUGAGCAAUCGGGAGCGGUGUUCACAUCGAUGUGCGUCGCCGUGAUCAUUGCUACCCUCAUCAGUAUCUACCAGGAAAGAGUCGUCAGCCGAUUCGUGACGCUUCCUAACACCCCAGAGAAACGUCUCUACUUUGCAUGUGUCCAGGCAGUGCUCAUGCCCGCAGGCCUGUUCUGGUUCGGAUGGUCCUCGUAUCCGUCCGUACAUUGGAUCGCUCCGGCUAUGGCAGUCGGGUGUGCUACCAUGGGCAUUCUGUCCAUUUAUUUGGCGGUCUUUAACUACCUGGCUGAUACAUAUCAUCGUUUUGCCAGCUCGGCGAUUGCCGCGCAGUCUUGCUGUAAGAUGCCCCUAGCCGGAAUCUCCUGGGCGGGAGCCGCCCUGACACUUGUACCAUGGGUCCUGUCCUUCUAUGGACCCAGGAUCAGAGCGAAGAGCAAGCUUGCCAGCGAACUUGCGCAUUGA